UCGACAGACAUCAAAUAGCCCUCUCAAGGCCAAAAAGACAAAAGCAAAGGGAUAGAGAUUUUUAUGCCCAAUUGAAGUAAGCGUCAAGGCUCUCCGAGAGGUCAUAACGUCCGUCAUGUGUUUCAGAGCACUUUUCCGCCGGGGUGGAGGUAGUAAGACCGGGACCAACGCACCGGUCAGCCUGGAGAUGGAGUCCUCCCAAGAGAAAAAGCGAAAGGGCAGCACAGUGUCAUCUUAUCGGCCGGCGUAUACGACGAAUACGUUGAAUCUCAGUACCUCGGACGAGAAGCAGCAAGUGUUUGGACAGGACACGAUAUCUCUAACUACAGCAGGGCAUAUUUCUAACGGCGGCAGCAGUAGGAUACCAGCACAGACCUGUGAUCCUCCAUCAGGGCCUCCGCCUGGUUAUGCUUCUCAAAAUCACACGUUCUCUCCUCCCCUAGGCCCACCUCCUCAUCCAGGAGCAACUUCAUUUUCUCAGCCGGAUCACAACUGGCAGGCCAUUCCCGACCCCGCGGAUCUUCCUCCGCCGCCUGCUCAUGCCUAUCUAUACUCCAACACCGGCAAUGCAACUGAGGAAGAUGCUGAGCGAGCCCACGCUUUCUGCGACAACACUCCGCUCACACUCCCGGUGGAUCCCUUGCCGGAAGUCUACCAAGCCGCUCAAAGGGCCAGCUUCCGUCCCGUUAAACCAAGCGAAUAUAACGGGUCCCUUUCUGUCCCAAGUAACGGCAGAUGGGAGGGCCGCACCACCAUCGGAAACCCGGACUGCAUUAUAUGGACUGACCACCCAAUGUAUUUCGCACGGGAAAAUUCUCCUCUAGUCACCGAAUGCUCAAAGACUAUCUACUUUGAAGUCACGCUCCGGAAAUUAUCUGGCGGUACGCCCACCCAGACUCCCGGUUUUUCCAUUGGGUAUGUGGCACAGCCAUACCCAACAUGGCGUUCCCCCGGUUGGGAGCGUGGAAGCCUGGGUGUCUUUUCCGACGACGGAUGUAGAUUCAUCAACGAUUCCUGGGGUGGGAAAGAAUUCACAACAGAGUUUGCAAUUGGAGAAACUGUCGGCUUAGGAAUGAAGUUUUACCGUGUGGGAGAGACACCAUUCGGAGUAGCGCCGCAACCUCCAGCCGUGGACGGAGAGUUAAACUCCUUUGCAGUUGAAGUAUUCUUCACGCGGAACGGAAAAUUAGCAGGGAAGUGGAACCUUCACGAGGAGGUAGACGCUGAACAAGGCAGUCUCGAGGGUUUAGAGGGAGAUUUUGAUUUGCAUGGAGCUAUUGGAUUGUUUGGCGGAGUGGAAUUCGAAGCCUGUUUCGAUCCAUCAGGAUGGAAAUGGUCUCCACCUGAAUAAAUUUCCGCCCAUUUUUACCCCUUUGCCCUCAUCCCAUGGGU